UUACCAUAUCAUAGAUAAGGGACAGAAAGAAAGCGAGAGGGAGAGAGAGAGAAAGGGAGAGAGAGAGAGAGAAAGAGAGAGAGAGAGAGAGAGAACUGAGGGAUAUACUGGGAGAAAAAAAUAAAGAGAUGCCUCCGUUGGACGUCGCAAAGCCACCCUUUCUCCGGAACUCCAACUCUUUGGUAAACAACAUCAAAAGGUGUGCAUGAGGAUAAAGGGCGUAAGAUCUGGAAUAAAAGCAGUUUAUCUGGGUUCCAAGCCACACACACAGAGAGGAACACACAGAGAGAGCGACAGAACACAGACCUCCACACUGAUCAACUCCAAGGUUUAACAGCACCUUUUAAGUCACCAGAGAAUCGACAACCACCCGGAUCAGCAAGAGAAAAACACGGUUGCUGUUUCUCACCCUUCAUCAAGCUAAAUCCAACCUCCAGUGGACCAUUGGAUUAACACGUGUGAUAGAUCUAAUUCUGUUCAAUCGCAAACAACAUUGGAUAGUCUCUGUGGACACAACAACAGUACCACUCCUCUCCAUGGCGGAAACUGGGCACCCCAGGUUGGAAGCUACCUUUAUCACCCGGAUCCUCUUCCCCCUGCUCUUCUUGUUGCUCCUGAUGUGGCCCCUAUCUGGGCAGGGCAGCCCCAUCUCCCUUGCCCCAGAGAGGCAUCACCCUGCUCCCGAGCUGAGGGACAGCCACAGGGGAGUCAUAGACCCAUCUCUGUUGGAGCAGGACAGUGAUAUGGACAUGCAGAGCUUGCUGGUGAAUCUGAGAGGCCAGUUUCUCCGGACCUUCAACCUGUCUGGCCUGGGCCCUCCUGCCCAGCCGCCUGGCAGUGCCCGUGUGGAGCCUCCUGAGUACAUGAUGGAGUUGUACAACCGCUUCGCCAAUGACCGCACCGCCAUGCCCACCGCCAACAUCAUCCGCAGCUUCAAGAAUGAAGACUCACCUCCCUGCAGUUUGGGUAGUGGAGGGGUGAGACGACACCCUCUUCUCUUCAACGUAUCCUUCCCCCACCAUGAGCGCAUCACCGCCGCAGAGCUGCGUCUCUACACCCUGGUCCAGACCGACCGCAACCUCUACGCCGGGGUCGACCGCAAGGUGACCAUCUAUGAGCUGAAGCAGCAGGAUGGAACAGGGGAGGACAACAGAACAGAGGAGGACAACAGAACAGGGGAGGACAAUAGAACAGGGGAGGACACUGAGAAAGGAGGAGGAGGGGAAGGACGGGAGCAGUUAGUGGAGCUGGCAUCACGGCAGGUCUAUGGUACUGAUAACGGCUGGGAGGCCUUUGACCUGACCGCUGCUGUCCAACGCUGGCGCAAGUCAGAAUACGGCACAACCCACAGGCUGGAGGUGCACAUAGCAAGCCUGGCCUCUGAGGGGAACGGAGGGCAGGCACUGGCAGAGGGCGAGGGAGAAGGAGAGGAAGAGGGGAGAAGGACAUUUAGGGAAGACAUGGAAAUAGACACCAGCCCAGAGGACAAACACAAACCCCUGAUGAUCAUCUUCUCCAAUGACCAGAGCGGUGAUCACCGUGACGACAAGCAGGAGCUGAACGAGAUGAUUGGACACGAGACUUCGGAGGCAGGGAUUCAGGGUGACCUGGGGCUGGGGCUGAAUGGGCUAUGGGGGGAGCUGAGCCGGGCUGAGGGCCAGGAAGAGCAGGACGAAGAGGCCCUGAUCCAGAUGCGCUCUAACCUAAUCUAUGACACAGCCUCUAGGAUCCGUCGCAAUGCCAAGGGCAACCAGUGCAAAAAACAGUCCCUCUAUGUGGAGUUUGAAGACAUCGGCUGGGACAGCUGGAUCCUAGCGCCGGCUGGGUAUGAAGCCUUUGAGUGCAGCGGCGUCUGCACGUAUCCACUGACCGAACACGUGACGCCCACCAAGCACGCCAUCGUCCAGACACUGGUGAGCAUGAAGAGCCCGCAGAGGGUGGUGCGAGCCUGCUGUGUGCCCACCAAGCUGGAUCCUAUCUCCCUGCUUUACCUGGAUGACACAGGAGUGGUCACGUACAAGUAUAAGUUUGAGGGCAUGGCGGUGGCAGAGUGUGGCUGCAGAUAGCCAGUCUACACACCCUGCUAGUCAUAUGGACAUGGAGAGAGACAGUGGUGAAGAGAAAUGACAGGGUUUGGAUGGAACAAAGCAAAAACUAAGAACAAAAUGGUGGCAUUAGAAUACACAGACCCUGAAUUGAAUCUGGUAUCACCAUUGAGAACAGUUGAGAAGAGAAACAAAAAGGAAGAGAAUAGUUUAGGUGAGCCUUGACAAGGGAGAACAGGACUAUGUUGUAUCUGCAACUAUGAUUCAUCUAAACUCCAACACUUUGUACAUUGUAAACUUAUAUUUUGAAUUUCAGGAAAAUGUAUGUUAUUUUCUACAGUACAACGUCUACGAUACGAAUUCAUCAUUCUGAAUGAGGAAAAAGGAUGGACCUUCAAGAAUAAACUAUCCUUUUUGCCACACAGCACCCAGGCGCACAGUACUGUCCAGUAGGUCUAGCUGGUGGGACCUCACAGGGAGAGCGUUAGCUCUCCUCCUCUGACACUUAUCUCUGUUCUCCCCCUAGACGCUAACACUAAUCCACACUUAAUUUACCUGUCUCUCUAACAGUAACAGCAACAGGCUUCCCAAGGGUAAGCAAAAACUUGACUGGACUGGACUUCUGCUAGGGGCCUGCCCUCAUCCUCACCCCCACCACCUCCCCCUGGUACCUGGGCUGAGGUCAGAGGUUAGGGUGGACUGGGUUAUCUGGGUCAUCUCACCCACCUUCCCACAUUGUCCUCAGAGAGUCAGUCACAUGCCAUGUGAGCCAUUCUCUCCCACUCCUCUGCACCGAUAAGGAGGUGUUGGCGCUGAGAAACGUGCUCCGCCACUCACGACUGGGGGGGGGGGGUGUGUCUGUCAAGAUUCCAUGGUUACUAAUAGAAACAUGAAAAGAUAAACAGCAUGCUCGACUCCACUUGUAUAAACGUAGACCGGGUGUUGAGCCAUUGUAUGUACAAAACAAUGAAUAAACUUAAAUUAACAUAUUUUUAUUGCUACACAAACUUUUCGGGUAUGAGCCUUUCUUCAGCGUGCAUAGGAGGCAAUGGCAAUCAGUGUCACGACAACAAACAUUUGUGAUGCAGUAAAAAUAUGUUCAUUUAAGUUUAUUCACCAGAGUGCUGUCCUAUUUUUGUUCUACUAACGUUAAUAGAAACAGACUCUACUUACACUCUUAGAAAAAAGGGUUCCCGAAAGGGUUCUUCGGCUGUCCCCAUAGGAGUACCCUUUUGGUUCCAGGUAGAACCCGUUUGGGUUCCAUGUAGAACCUUCUGUGGAAAGGGUUUUACAUGGAACCAAAAAGGUUAUUUAAAGGGUCCUCCUAUUGGGACAGCCGAAGAACCCUUCUAGGUUCUAGAUAGCACCUUUUUUUCUAAGAGUAGCAUAACUCACUGACAUACAAGUACCCCCAUGUGCCCCCACCAUCACCACCCUGAAAACCCCCUCUCUGUCCCUUCAGCUCUACUACCCCCAUCCCUCUCCCCCCGGCCCUGCCAUCCUUCACGUUUAAGGAAAAGGUUUACCUGCAUUUGGCCUGUUAUCAUGUACAGGCUGAGGAUGAGAGUAGGGGGGUGGCACCUCCUGUCUCUCCUCCCCUCCUCUGAGAGUCUUAAGGAGUCCUGUGUGGGGUCCUCUCUUGUUGUUCUGUGUUCUUCUAAUACAAAUGUAAUACAGUUCUCUGCUGCUUGAUAAUGUGAAAGCCUAUUUAUUGAUUAAUUUAUUUAUGUACAAUUGUAUAACAUGGAUAUGCAUACAGAGGGUGAACAUACAGCACAUACUCUGACCAUAUUGUAGAAAACAGCCUUAAUUUAUAGAUAUUUUGUGAAUAUUAUAUUUUGUUACCUGUUGUUCUGGUUGCUUUGUGAAUCCUAUUGUAAAAUACUGAAGCAGCAAAACUGCAGUCUUAGAAUGCAUAAAUAAUUAUAUUUUCAUACUAUGAAUACUUAAAAAAAAUACUAUUGAAUAUAGAUUAUCAUAACAUGUUCAUCAGGAAUCAUAAUCCAUUUCUCCCUUGGCCUGACAACUAUGAACAUAAUGCAACACUUUAGAAAGGGGGCUCUCAGGGCUAGGAUGCAGAACUCUGAGGUUGGGACAGUUGCGUACCACAGUAUCAGCUCACAGGCCAUAGUUUACACAUGUCACACAAACACAGAACCAUGGGAAACUGACUGGAAGCCCAGCUAAUGAACACAAUGGAUGGUCUGCCUGAUGGUCUGACUGUCGCUCGCUAUGACAAACUGCAGAUGCAGACAGCUGCUCUGGAUGGAAAACCUGUCCUUCAAAGCUUUCUUGUACACUUCAAAAAACGGAGAGAAAAUUAACUAUUAACAUGGUUCCUUUGCUUCCAAUGCUCUUCCUGAUGGACUUAUAUCAACAGCAGCAGCAGUGUCAAGGCAUGUUACUAUCAUGUAAUGUCAUUUACAUGUACCAAUGCACAUAGUGGAUGUAAAUAAAAAAUAAU